GCAAUGAGCAGGUUUGAACAGAACCAGUACAUAGACUAUGACAAGAUUUCGCACAGAGUUGAUAUUGUGAAGCAAAGAUUGGGGAGACCACUAACACUGUCGGAGAAAGUUUUGUACGGACAUCUGGAUGAUCCCAAGAAUCAGGACAUUGUAAGAGGAGAGAGUUAUCUGAAGUUGAGACCAGAUCGUGUUGCCAUGCAGGAUGCAACAGCACAGAUGGCACUGUUACAGUUUAUCUCAAGUGGUCUACCUAAAGUUGCUGUACCCUCUACUGUACACUGUGAUCACCUGAUUGAAGCACAAGUGGGAGGAGAUAAGGAUCUUGCCAGAGCAAAGGAUAUAAACAAAGAAGUGUAUGACUUCCUGGCCUCAGUGAGUGCUAAAUAUGGUGUUGGUUUCUGGAAGCCAGGCAGUGGAAUUAUACAUCAGAUCAUUCUGGAGAACUACGCCUUCCCAGGAGCCUUGAUAAUUGGUACAGAUAGUCACACUCCCAAUGGAGGUGGAUUAGGAGGUCUGUGUAUAGGUGUUGGUGGGGCAGAUGCUGUUGAUGUCAUGGCAGAUAUCCCAUGGGAACUGAAAUGUCCUAAGGUGAUUGGAGUUAACCUGACUGGCAAGAUGAGUGGAUGGACAUCACCUAAAGAUGUCAUUCUGAAGGUGGCAGGUAUCCUCACAGUGAAGGGAGGAACUGGAGCUAUUGUAGAGUACUACGGUCCUGGAGUGGACUCUAUUUCCUGUACAGGAAUGGGUACGAUAUGUAACAUGGGAGCUGAGAUUGGAGCAACAACAUCAGUGUUCCCGUUCAACUACAGAAUGCAGGACUAUCUCAAUGCUACCAACAGAAAAGAGAUUGCAGAUGAAGCUAACAGAAAUAAGGAGCUGCUGUCAGCUGAUCCAGGGGCAAAAUAUGAUCAGGUCAUUGAUAUCAAUCUGGAUACACUUGAGCCAAGUGUAAAUGGACCUUUCACACCAGAUCUAUACAAUCCUAUAUCUAAACUUCGUCAAGUUGCUAAGGACAAUGGAUGGCCUCUAGAUGUUAGAGUUGGAUUGAUUGGAAGUUGUACAAACAGCAGUUAUGAGGACAUGAGCAGGUCAGCCAGUAUUGCCAAACAAGCUCUUGCCAAGGGUGUCAAGGCAAAGUCAGCAUACACAAUCACACCUGGAUCAGAACAAAUUCGAGCCACCAUAGAGAGAGAUGGUCAGGCAGAGGCAUUACGUGAAAUAGGUGGUGUUGUCCUUGCUAAUGCAUGUGGACCGUGUAUUGGUCAGUGGGACAGACAAGAUGUUAAGAAAGGAGAAAAGAAUACCAUUGUCACAUCAUAUAAUCGUAACUUCACGGGACGUAACGAUGCCAAUCCAGCCACACAUGCAUUUGUAACUUCCCCAGAGCUAGUCACAGCUAUGGCCAUUGCUGGAGAACUUGGUUUCAAUCCAGAGACAGAUGAACUCACUGCUGCUGAUGGCUCAAAGUUCAAGUUGGAGAGUCCAUACGGUGAUGAGUUGCCUGCUAAAGGAUUUGACCCUGGUCAGGACACUUUCCAGCCUCCACCAGAAGAUGGCAGUGGAGUUGCAGUGCAGGUUGACCCAAAAAGUAACAGACUACAACUGCUGUCACCAUUCAAGAAAUGGGACGGGAAAGAUCUCCUAGAGAUGCCAGUACUUAUAAAGGCAAAGGGUAAAUGUACAACAGAUCACAUCAGUGCUGCAGGUCAGUGGUUGAAGUAUAGAGGUCAUCUGGAUAAUAUCUCAAAUAAUCUUCUCAUUGGAGCUGUAAAUGCAGAAAAUGGUGAAAUAAACAAAGUAAGGAAUCAGCUGACUGGAGAAUUUGGCUCUGUGCCAGAAACUGGUCGAUACUACAAAUCAAAGGGUGUACCAUGGGUUGUGAUAGGAGAUGAGAAUUAUGGUGAGGGAAGCAGUAGAGAACAUGCUGCAUUGGAACCCAGACAUCUCGGUGGACGUGCCAUCAUUGUGAAGAGCUUUGCUAGAAUUCAUGAGACAAAUUUGAAGAAACAAGGAAUGCUUCCAUUAACCUUUGCUAACCCGAGUGAUUAUGAUAAAAUACAGCCAUCAGAUAGAAUAUCAUUAUUAGACCUCAAAUCGUUAGCCCCAGGAAAGCCUGUUACAUGCGAGAUCAAACAUGAGAAUGGAUCAACAGAACAGAUACAGCUGAAUCAUACAUUUAAUGCAGGACAGCUUGAGUGGUUUGUGGCUGGUAGCGCACUUAACAGAAUGGCAGAAUUACGGAAAUAAUUACCCUUUGUAAUAAAAGAUAUUUUAUACAAAAUGGACAAUGUUAAAGCUGUGAUGUUUUUGAAAAAGUAGUAUUCAUUCAUUGGAAUAAAGAUAUGAUUUGAUGAAUUAGUUCAUUUUCAGGAUUCAUAUUACUGAUGACACAGAAGUGCUUUCAUGUAAAUUGUAAAAACACAAAGUGCUAAAUUUGUAUAUUUCCCCACAGUUACUCCCCCAAUUCCAGAGUGCUAAAAUAUAGAACACUUUAGAUUUUUAAGGAAGAAUUUUUAACCAGAGUGGAGAUUACCUUAUAUAUUUACUUUUGUGAAGUAUUUUGAUAUUGCUUUGUUACAUGCAAGCUUCUCGCUGAUUUUAAAUGUCUCUAGAUUACCUCAAAUUUUAGUAUUUAUUUUUUUUUCUACUUUGUUGACUGCAUUGUCAACAUGUAGGUAUAGCAAAUUUAUUUUUAGAACACUGUGCUAGUAUUUGUAUGCCACUACUUUAUAUUCAUUACUGCUUCUUUCAUAUGUAUCAGUUCAGUUUGUGUUUCACACAUUUCUCGUAUAUAUGUGUAUGAGAAGUUUGUAACACUCAAACUGAACUGAAGUCCUACAUGUAAUAAAGUUCUGUUCAACUUGGAUAAUAUUAAUGCAUGCACAAAGCAAAAUACACCAACUUGGGACCUGAUAAAAGAAGAGAAAGGUGCCACCAACCAACUGUAUCAUAAUGGGUAGAUCAAGAAUAUUUUUUGGUUAUUUUGAGAUAUUACAUGAUUGUGUGGAUGUAAAUUGAAUUUUUACAUUUAAAGGCAUACGCUAGAAUUCCCUGUAUAUGAGAUGGGCGAAAUUUUUCCCAAUAAUAGAAUUUCUUCAAACUUUGGAUAUUGAAGGAUAAUCAUCUAAGAAACAAAAAUAUGCAAUGAAAAUCAUAGGUCACUGGUAUUGAAAAAGAGUUAUCUGCCCUUGAAAACGUCAUUUUUGGAGGAAAUGCCGUUUUCAAAGGCAGAUAACUCUUUCGAUACCGGUGACCUAUGAUUUUUAUUGCAUAUUUUUGUUCCUUCAAUAUCCAAAGUUUGAGGAAAUUCUGUUCUUGGGAAAAUGUUUGCCCCAAAUUCUAGCAUACGUCCUUAAUUAAUACAUUUUGCACUAGAAAAUGUUCACUAUUGCAUAAUGCAUUGCAAUGUAUUUGUGUAUUAGUUUUGUAUUUCUUUAUUUCCUUCAAUUACUAUAUAUUUCACUUACAGGGCAAAACUAAACAAAAAUAAAAAAAUACUUGUGUAGACAUAUGUUUAUAGGGAUAUAAACUAGCUACUUUUAUUUAGGGGCCCAGACUGUCAAAAAUAAAAGUUUAACAUUAGGUAUAUGGGCAAUUUCUCAAACGAUUUAGGGGCCCAGCCCAAAUCGGGGGCCAUGGGAUACUGGGCCCCUGCUUAUUUAUAUCCCUGUGUUUAUCGCAUUAUAUGCAAGGUGUGAAGAAGCAGUCUAUAUGAAAGAAAGUGACUGGUAAAUAGAAUGAACAGUUGUGAAACACUUGGUCGGAUGUUGUUGAUGAUAUUUAAACACUGUUAUAAAACCAAAAGUUGUGUAUUCUUUGAAAGUGCACAUUUAUUCUAGUGAGUGACAUUAAAUGGAACAGAUUCAGUUAUAAUUUGAUCUUGUUGUUAUACAUAAGUUUUAAUUACAGAUGUCAAAUAAAUGAUGAAAUUUUACAA